AUGGUGAAAGGGUGCAUGUUAAGAAUGGGUUAUCAGGGAGCUCUGAAUACUGGGAACUAUUUGAAGUCAAAGUUUAUAAAGCCAUACAAGUUCCUGAUUCACUGUGUAUUAAUGUCUUUGAGUCAUACGAAAGGAGGUUAUGAUGCGAUGAGAGAUUAUCAAAUGAAUAUGGUUACGGCGUUAGUGUUGAACAAAAAGUACAAUUUCUCACACAUUGUAUUCCAUUACAUGGCUGAGAAUAUCAAGACAGAAAGCAGAAGUUGGAUGUAUCCGAGGUUCGUUCAGAUGAUGAUUGAUCACGCUUAUCCUGAGAUUGACAGAAACAUAAAAGAUGACUUGUUGAUACAAUCUCACAUGAGCAAUGAUACGCUUAAACAGAUUGUGAGAUACCAUCCGAAUCAUCCAGAACCGAAAGUUAGUGUUGAAUUCUUUGGGUCUAUAAAAGAUGCUAACUACGCUGAUCCAGAUCCAGUUGAUCAUCAGAACUGGAGAAAUGAAGCUGAAAUGAAAGAGGCAGCAUAUGCUGAAGAGUUGAAAGUUCUUGAAGAUUUCAAAAGCACAAAGAAUGAAUGGUAUGUGAAGGAAACAGGGAGGAGACGUAGAAAGGCCACUCCUAUUGUUAAAAAGGCUGAGGGAUCUUCUUCACAACCAAAGAAGAAGCAAAAGAAAGCUGCUAAAACGUCUUUGAUCGAUGAACCUGAAGAAGAUGAACAGGUGGUCACUGUGGAAAAGGAAACAGUAGUAGCUGCAGAAGAUGAUCCAUUUAAUGUUGAUGAUUUGUUUGAUACUGAUGUCUUAGAGACAGGGCCAACAGUGGUUGCUGAUGUUGAUAAAGUUGUUAAUGUUGAAGCACGGAAAGAGAAAGAAAAGGUUAUUGAUGAUAUUGAGGGAGAUGAUGUGGAUAAAGACACCACAAGCUCAUCAAGUUCUUCAGAUGAAGAGGUUGUAGAUGAAAUCGAAUGUCAAAAAAGAAUUCAAGAUGAGAUAGAAAAAGAGAAACAGCUGAGGAAAAGAAAGAGACAAGAAAAGGACGAUGAUGCUGCUUACGUUCCUUCACCAGAACAUGUCUCUGAAUCGCAAUCUCCUCCAGGUGGUAGAAAGAAAGCUGGAGCUAGAAAGAAAGUAGUUUCUCCAAAGAUUCGCAAAGUUACUCCAAAAAUCAAAAUGCCGAAGAUUGUGCUCAAGAAGAAGACAACCAAAGAAACCAAGAAACCACCUACACCACCACAUGAACCAACACCACCACAAUCACCUAUCCAAUCACCACCCCGACAACCUACACCACCACAACAAUUCUUACCACCUAAACAACCAACACCACCAAGACAACCAACACCACUACAUCAUUCACCUCCACCACAACAAACCCUUUUCACCUCGCAAGAACUCUUUCAUACUCCUCCACUCACUCAAAUGCAACCUGGUUCCUCUAGCAAAGGUCUUUAUACUCCACAUGAUAAUCUUGAAGACAUCGGAGACUUCGGUUUUGCGAACAAUGAACAAGUGUUGAAGUUGGAGAAAAGGAUGGAAGAAGUAUUAGUGGAAAACAAGAGAUUAGCCGGUGAAAACAAGAGGGUGUCUGAUCGGGAGAAAAUUCUAGAAAUGCGUGUGAAGAAGCUGGAGAUUGAUAAUAAAGAAUUGGUGAAAAAGAUUGAUUCUGAUCAGUUAGAGAUAGACAUCUUGAAGGUAAGAAUUGCUGAGCUGGAAGAAGAAAAGGCUCGUCGUGAUGAGCAAAAUGAAUACUUCAAAUUGAAGAAUAAAGAAUUUGAAGCAGCUAAAGCGUUAAGAGAUCACGAGUUCUAUAUGCUGAACAAAGUUGUUGAAAGCAUGCUUGGAACAUCGGUAGAGCAAAAGUUUGAAGAGCUGCAAGUUGAAGAGCUCAGAGCAGAACUUCAAGCUAAAAUAGAUGAGCAAAUGAAAGAAAAGGGUAAAGGCGUUGAAGGAAGUUCAGCUGUGACUGAAAGAUCGAUUGUUCCUUCAAUGGUUAUUGAUAAUCCCGAGCCUAUCUCUGCAGUUUCUGGUCUUUUUGAGGAUUAUACUCCUCUUGAAGAAUUAUUGGGUGAUAGUGAUGAGGAAGAGGAUGAAGAGGAAGAUGUCAAAGAUGAGAAAGUUUACUCUGCGAGCAGUCAUGGUUCAGGUAAAGAUGAUGAUGACGAUGAUGCUCAGGGUGGUACUGGGUUGAAAGUAUCUGAAGCUUCUGCUGAACAAAAUGUUGAUAAUUUGAUGAAUGAUUCUGUGAAUGAAGAAUCAGGGGGAGCUGAUAGACAGGGGAAGUCAGGAGAUGCAGAGAAUGUUCAACAAGCUCAGAAGAUGAUUCUGAGAUUGGAUACUUAUCGUGAAGAAGGAGAGCAUUUCCAUACUUACACUUUGAAGCAAUUAAGGAAAUGA